UCCUCCCGUGACCCUCGUCGAAAAGGCUGUCGAUUUCAUUUAUGAUAUAAUGAUAGCUUUGUCUGAUUUUAAUUCAUGAUGGACAUUCUUACCUGUAUUUUAAGACCACUUCUUAUUAUGUUGGUCGCUGAUGGGUUGAUUGUGCGCGGUCCCUCUGGUCCUCUGGUUGCUCCUCUGGGAUCUUCAGUGGUUUUGCCCUGUUAUGUUGAUGAACUCUUAUCAAUGGAGGAUCUGGAGGUGGAAUGGAGAAGAGCAGGCUCAGAGAUUCUGGUUCAUCUGUAUCAAGAUGGCGAAGGUCCACCAGAGUCCCAGCAUCAGGAUUAUCAUGAUAGAGCUCAUUUCUUUACUGAUCAGAUUCAACAUGGAAACUUCUCCCUCCGUCUAGACAAUUUGAUGCCUGGAGAUGAGGGAAAAUACACCUGUAAAGUUUACAGUCAGAAGGAUUCUGGAGAAACUGUGGUUCAAAUAAAGCAUGAGCGUUUGCUAGUGUAUGGAUCAGAUUGGUCAGUUUCUGUGUCUGUGGGUGAGGACGUCACUCUGAACUGCUCUGUGGACUCUCACAUCACACCUGAACACAUUGAAGAGGUUUCAUGGAAGAAAACAGAUGAAGAUAUUCUGGUUCUGCUCUUCCAAAACAAUGAGACUUUAUCAGAUUCAUCAGAUGAACAAUACAGAGACAGAGCGGAGUUCUUCACUGCAGAAAUCCCCAAAGGAAACUUCUCUCUCAGACUGAAGAGUGUCAGAACUGAGGAUAAAGGAGUUUACAUGUGUCAAGUGUUUGCUGGAGGACUUUCAGCCAAUGCAACUGUUUUACUGGAGCAGCUGGGUUUCUCUUCUCGGCACAUAGCCGUGUUGUUCUUCUGUUUCGCUGCUGGCUCUGGAGCUGUGCUUCUGCUCUUCUCUCUGAUCUACUGCAGAUCAAAUAACACUGUUUCCACAAGCAACAAAAUCAGGAAACUUCAGGUUUCUCUGGUCUUUUGUCCAAACAUCUGUAUGUUCUUGGCCUUCAUCCUCUGGGGCUUUACUGAAGGAUUUCUAUAUGAGACGAUUUGUUGCUGUGCUCUUUAUAUUCUGAGGCCUCUGACAAUGAUUUAUGUUGCACCAUAUUUAGAGAAGAUGUCAGGAAUCUACCUUCGCUCUGAAUUGUUUAUUUUUAUGGUUGUCUAUUUUUCAGUUCUUUUGAGUCGAGCUUGGGGAAAUAUUGGACAUUAUGCAGAGUCUGAAAAAAUAACACUAAUAGCUGUGUUUGUAGUCAUGAUUCUGCUCUUUGUCAUCAACUUCAUUUACUUAUUUACUGAAAUCAAGGAGAUGUCAUGUCGUGGAGAGAUAUGUGAAUGGAUAUGGAAUAAAUUAACAUUUAUAGCUGCAUUCAGCUUUUUCAUUCUGCCUUCAUUACAAUUCACCCUCCUGUUCAUCGCUUUCAGAGCCACUGGAGGAGGGUUUUUGAUCUCCAUCAUUUUCCCGUUCUUAUUUUUUCUGACAUUCACCUGUUUACCAAAAAGCCAAGAUAAAAGCUGUUCAAAUAUGCUCAAUGUAAUAUCGUGGAUGAUGGUCAUGUUUAUCAUGACUGCAGUAAUGAUGUAUUUCUACAUCGAAGCACUGAAAAAUGAAAAAGAUGGAGCAGGAUGGACCUGUACAGCUGUAUUUGUGCAAGUGCUCUGGAUGAUCGGAAUGUACAUUCAUAUUACUGAAGAUCUGGAUCUCACCAUUAAAAAGAUGCUGUUUGUGUUUGGGUCAGUUGGAGUUGUUUUACUGAACUCUGUUACACUGAUGACUGAACUGAUACUGAAAACAGUUAAUGGAGAGCGUGUGGUGGACAUGAGAGUUGUCGUCUUCACCUCUGAAAGUCUCUUUGUGUUUUCUUUGCUGAUUUUACUCUUGUUUCAAUCCUGGAUUUCUGAUAUAAAGCGCCAUCAAUGUUGUCAGGUUAGUAUUAUUGCAAUGAUUAGAGAUUUACAGUCAACCUGAAAUUUAGUUCACGUU